CUCACUUGAAUUUGACAUUUUACGGCAUGCGUGAUUGGUGUCGGCGAAAAGAAUUAUCGUUUUAAAAAAUGAAUGGUAAUUUUUGUAUGAAAACCGCAAGUGUUCAUUUUUUAAUUUUGUUAACAUUUUUCGUAAGGGAGAUAUUUUCAUCGGAAGUUCCUAGACCAAGGGGAGUGUCACUUUCUCGUGCCUCUUUAUAUCCGCCAGAUACAGACUUCAUUUGCUUUGAUGGAAGUAAAACUAUUCCGUUUAUAAGAAUAAAUGACGAUUAUUGCGACUGUUUAGAUGCUAGCGAUGAACCGGGGACAUCUGCUUGUCCGAACGGAUUAUUCCACUGUACAAAUGCUGGUCAUAGGCCCUUAAAUAUACCUUCAAAUAGGGUUAAUGAUGGAAUUUGUGAUUGCUGUGAUGGUACUGAUGAAUAUGCGACCGAAACUUCGUGCCAGAAUAAUUGUAUCGAAUUAGGAAGAAGUGCAAGGGAAGCUGCUCAAAAAAAGGCUGACUUAAUCAAAGCAGGAAAACAGAUAAGGGCCGAAAUGGGACAAAAAGGUGUUCAAUUGAAACAAGAAAAACAAAUGAAACUCGCAGAUCUUAAAAAGAACAGAGACGAGGCGGAAAAAUUAAAAUUAGAAAAGGAAGCUUUAAAAAAAGAAAUUGAAAGUUUGGAAGAUAAAGCUUUGGAGUACUAUAGGAAACUUGAAGAUGAAGCUAAAAUUAUGAAAAAAGAAGAGGAAUCUGCCUCUCAGAGAGCUGAAGCCAUAGAAACUUUCAAUAAGUUUGAUUCAAAUCAAGAUGGAUGGCUAGAAAUUUCUGAAGUAAAAGUUAGCACAUCAUUUGAUCGAGAUGGUAAUGGUGAAGUGUCUGAUGAAGAAGCAAAAUUUUACCUAAAUUUUCAAGAAUCUGUAGAUUUAGAUACAUUUGUCAAAACAUGUUGGAAAACUCUCAGGCCAGUUAUCUUCAGAGAAGGUGCUGAAAAAACUCCAGAGAAAAAAGAUGAUGAAAAUUUAGAAGAAGAAGAUGAAAUGCAAGAUGAUCAAGAACUCGAAGAAGAAAGUGAAGAUCAUGAUUAUGAAGAUGAAGAACAAGAAUCACAAGAACCAGAACAAGCAACUGAGGCACCACCAACCAUCAAAUAUGAUGAUGAAACCCAACAGCUUGUAGAAAGAGCAACAGCUGCCAGAAAUGAAUAUGAAGAAGCUAGGAAAUUAGUAAAUGAUAUAGACAGGGAAAUUAAAAAGAUUGAAGAAUACCUUGGAAAAGAUUUUGGAACAGAUGAGGAGUUUGCUGCUUUAGAAGGACAAUGUUUUGAUUAUGAAGAUCACGAGUACAUUUAUAAACUUUGUCUGUUUGACAAAACUACUCAGCAGCCCAAGUCAGGAGGCUCUAAUGUUAGAUUAGGUUUCUGGGGACAUUGGUCGGGUCCUGAACAUAAUAAAUAUGAACAAAUGACUUUUGAAAGUGGUCAAAGUUGUUGGAACGGACCUAAGAGGACCACAGUAGUUAGAGUUACCUGUGGAAGUGACAACCAAGUUCUUAGUGUAUCUGAACCUAAUAGGUGUGAAUACUUUUUUGAGUUUGUUACACCUGCAGCUUGUCAGGAGGCUCCUGUUGUAGAAAAUGAAGAUUUACAUGAUGAGUUGUGAGGAAAAAUUAAAUAUUUUGUAUAAAGAUUUGAAAUAUGUUACUGGAAUUUCACCAUUCCUGAUAUUUCAUUGUGAUUAUGUAGGUAAAGGUAAAGUGAAAUCGUUUUUUUUGUGUCUGUAAUAAUUUUAUUUCAGCUACCACUCAUUUUUCAUUGAAAUGUUAAAUUUGUACUACAGAUUAAGGUACCCAAUUAAUUUAUUAUUGUACAAAAGAUUUGAGACCUAAAUGUAAAAUUUUUGUCCAAAGUUUAUAAGACUUUUAUAUAUAAUAAUGCAUGUUAACAGCAUACUAGUUGAAUUUUUGUUAUAAAGUGUAAAUUACCAUUGAAUAAAAUAUAUUUAUAAAUAUAUUGAC